AUGCCUAAGCUUCUUGUACUAUUCAUAUUAUCUCUAUAUAUUUCUCCAGUUGAGAGUAACUUCUACAAAAAUUAUAAUAAGCAAUACAAACCAAUUUACAAUUACCCGCCACCGCCAAAUGUUUACUAUCCGCCAGAUUACAUCUACGAAGACUACUCACCAGAAGAUGAUUACUACCAAGGGCCGCCAGGACCGCCAGGACUAGAAGGGCCACCUGGCCCCAAUGGACCACCCGGACCAGAUGGCCCACCAGGACCACCAGGCCCACCCGCAGAAAAAUCAACAUCAACCACCACCGUUUCACCAACAACUGAAUCAACUGCAGCACCAAGCACAUCUACAGAGACACCUACAACUGAAUCGACUGCAGCUCCAAGCACAUCUACAGAGACACCUACAACUGAAUCAACUGCAGCACCAAGCACAUCUACAGAGACACCUACAACUGAAUCAACUGCAGCACCAAGCACAUCUACAGAGACACCUACAACUGAAUCAACUGCAGCACCAAGCACAUCUACAGAGACACCUACAACUGAAUCAACUGCAGCACCAAGCACAUCUACAGAGACACCUACAACUGAAUCAACUGCAGCACCAAGCACAUCUACAGAGACACCUACAACUGAAUCAACUGCAGCACCAAGCACAUCUACAGAGACACCUACAACUGAAUCAACUGCAGCACCAAGCACAUCUACAGAGACACCUACAACUGAAUCAACUGCAGCACCAAGCACAUCUACAGAGACACCUACAACUGAAUCAACUGCAGCACCAAGCACAUCUACAGAGACACCUACAACUGAAUCAACUGCAGCACCAAGCACAUCUACAGAGACACCUACAACUGAAUCAACUGCAGCACCAAGCACAUCUACAGAGACACCUACAACUGAAUCAACUGCAGCACCAAGCACAUCUACAGAGACACCUACAACUGAAUCAACUGCAGCACCAAGCACAUCUACAGAGACACCUACAACUGAAUCAACUGCAGCACCAAGCACAUCUACAGAGACACCUACAACUGAAUCAACUGCAGCACCAAGCACAUCUACAGAGACACCCACAACAAAGACAACAAUCGGGUCAACUUCAACAAUUUCGCAAUCGUGUAUUGAAACUGAGUGUGAUGAUGGAUGGAUUAAAACACUACGAGGAAAUAAUCCUCAAAAGACUCUUUGCAUGAAAUUGUUCUCUCACGAUACGUCAAGUUAUGAUGAUGCUUCAAUGUAUUGUUAUGACAGUCAUCAAGCUUUCUUGACAGGACCGGACAGCAAUGAUGAAUACGACAAGAUAAUGGAACAAGCUCUUAACAUUAGUGAUCAAGUAUCUGAUAGUCAAUCAAUGAUUCUAAUUGGCCUGAAACGAACAACAGAGUGCACAACGGAUUCCGGAGAACAAGAUCAAAAUUCUAUAUGUAGAAGACCAAAAGGAUUCAUUUGGCAAGAUGGACUCGGGGAAACUUCAAAUACCCUUAUCAAUCAACAUUUCAAUGACGAUCCUGGAGUUGAAACAUCACCAGAUCAUGUCAGGGCGUGUACUGGAAUUAUUAUUGUUAAAGGUGCAACUAAUAACAAAAAUGUAUAUUCUCUGGACUGUUCAAAUGGAGAAAAGAGCAGUGGUGAGAAAUCAAAGAUGGUUGUCUGUGGAAAGUUAGGAAAGUGUCCUGCCACAACUCCAUCAACUAUUUCAACCACUUCUGGAGCUUCUUCAUCUACAGCUUCAGUUUCUUCUACAAUUCUAUCAUCUACUGCAACAACUAUGGUUACAUCUACUCCAACUACUGAGAAAUCUAGUACAACCACAACAUCUACUCCAACGAGUGAAGCCACUAGCACAACAACAGCAAUGAUCACAACAACGAGCGGAACAACAGAAAAUCCCACAACAACUGAUUGUCCAACUAAAGUUUGCCGGUAUGGAUUCCAUCCAACCAUUCGAAACGGAAAAGUUUGGUGUAUUCGAGUGUUUUUCCAUUUCGUGCUUAAUUAUCAAGAUGGAUCAGAUUAUUGCUGGAAUUAUUUCCAUUCGACACUUUCUGGGCCAGCUGAUGAAAAUGAAUAUAACGUUCUGUUGGAUCAAACGAAAACCGAUCCAAGUCUUGUUCAAAGUUUGACAAAAUAUACUAAAGUUUUCAUGGUGCUCGGAGCUCAAAGAACUCCUGCGUGUCUGUAUGAAUCAAGCUCUGCUCAAUGUGAAAAACCGAGUGGAUACCAAUGGCUUGACAACGUUACUGAUACAACCUACGCAUUUACCAAAUUCAACGAGGAUCAGCCAGACACAAGUCCCGAACAACCUGAAGGUUGUGUUGGAGUGUUAGUUUAUACGGAUCCUACCAAAAGAGAUAAGGAGUUAGUGUGGUCACUGAGUUGCAACGAUGCUCAGUCUGCUCAUCAAGUGGUAUUGAAGCUUGUGGUUUGCGGUCACGAAGGGGUUUGCCCGGAAGAAUCUACAAUUCCUCCACCGUCAACACAAUCAACAACUACAAUGAAAUCCACUACAACUGCUACAACAUCAAUGAGUACAACAAAAAAAGUAUGCGCUAAAAGUGACCUAAAAUGUGCAAAUGGCUGGACUUCAUUUAAUCGGACGAGUACAAACCCAUUCUGUUUUAAAGUUAUCAGCAGCUACAAUCAAUCGUAUGAGCAAUCAGAAGCACUUUGUGCAGCGAGCGGUGGAUAUCUUUCUGGAGUUGAAAAUAUAACGGAAUACCAGUUUGCUGUUGAAUUAGCAAAAGCAGCUGUUGAUUAUUCAACAAGUUUCAAUGAAAAAAUCCUGGUGACAAUUGCAUUAAAAAGAAAAGUUAUUUGCUUACAAACAGACUCUACUGAAUCAUGUAUAACAUUUAAGGCCUAUGAAUUCGUCGAUGACAAAACAAAAUAUGUUGCGAUUCUUCAACAUUAUAGUCUCUGGGCUGAUAAUCAACCUGUUAUAAUUUCCGAUCAACCCCAUGGAUGUGUUGGAAUAAUGGUUACUCAAAGCACAAGUACAUCAGGAGAUUCAAAAUUGUUUUCAACGAGAUGUGAGACGGGUACCCAAACAUAUGGAAUGAGUAAUGCCGCUUAUUGUGCUCGGGUUCCAGACGUUUGUCCUCCAUGAGAAAAAGCUUAAAUGUGAAAAAUCAUUGCUUGAAGACAGUAGAAACCAUCAUCAUAUCUUGUUCUUGCAAAGAAAAUAAACAAUUCAUGAAUU